AUGGUAGAUAGAGCUCGGGGGCUUUCAUUCCGAGUCAUCGUCCGCGAGGGUCCGUUGAAGUACUGCAGUUGGUCAACUGGCGAGCAAGACUUUCGCCGGCUCAUGCGAGGUGCCAUCAAGAAUAUCACAAAUGUCACAUUCUACAAUCAUUCAGCCGAUCCGAGAAACACUCGAUGGUUUCUGAAUGCUCUUCGUUGCAUUCCCCAUUCAGUGGCUAUUUACGAGCUCUCCGAUGAGCAGCGCUACGACCUUCGGGGUAUCAAAAGCGUUCUCGGUGCAAAUUCAAUAAAGCUACGUAACGCGACUUUUAUCAUAUGGGACUCCGACAUGCUCGCUUGCAAGGAGCUGGCCUUUGUUGGUAAAGUCUGGCACAACGCUACAUCAUUAUAUGCUAUAUUUCAGCAGUGCCCAUCACUGACGAAGUUGACAUUUGAUCUUCCGAUCCCAUGGAAUACGGGGCUGGUAUUCCACUCACCCCUCCCAAGAUUGAAGGAGCUCACUAUAGGAAGCACAAAGGCUCUUGUUGAGCUCAACCAGGUGGUACCACACUUUCGCUUCCCAACUCUCGUCGAGUUGAAAGUUGGACUAUGCACACCAGCGUCCCUUACAAACUUCCUUGAGCUCCAUCCAACACUCCGGCAAGUGACGCUGGAACUCUCGACAAACCUCAUUAGCGUCGAAUUCCUACGGCGCCUUAGUUCCGACACGCCCCUGUUCCCGACAGAAGAGGCGUUCUUGGACAUAGAGAGCUUGCAUAUCGACGCAUGGAGUAUAGCCGUCGGGUUGGUGGCAUUCAACCGCCUGCUAAGAAAUGGUGCCUUUUUCGGGAGGCAAUAUGGGUACUCGAAACCUCUUACCCUUACCAUCAAGACUAACGUCAUGAGCACUCAAGCGCUCCUUCUUCGCCUCCCUACCGAUCUGCUUCUCCGCAUCCUCAGAUGUACGCUUCCAGAAGGCAACGCUAGAGAUAAAGCUGAAGAUUCACUUGUUUGUGAGAUCCCAGAGGCUUGGACGACUUUGGAAAUCUUCCUUCAUCUUCCUCCAGACAUUUUAAGCCAUUAUGUCACAACGAUGACAGAUAGAGCUCGAGGCUAUUUCUUCCGAGUCAUCGUCCGAGAAGGACCAUCGAAAUACUGCCAAUGGGCAACUAGCGAGCAAGACUUUCGCCAGCUUAUGGAGGCUCCCAUCAAAAAGAUCAGGAAUAUCAUUUUUUACAACCACUCAGCCAAUACGAGGAAUACUCGAUGGCUUCUGGACGCUCUUCCUUGCAUUCCACGCUCAGUGGCUAUUCACGAGCUUUCCGAUGAACGGCACUACGAUCUUCGAGGUAUCAAAAGUAUCCUCGAAGCGAGGUCGAUUGAGCUACAUAACGCGACCUUUAAGAUAGGAAACUCCGACACGCUCUCUUGCAAGGAGCUCACCUUUGCCGGUAAGGUUUGGAGCGCGACAUCCAUAUUUGCCAUAUUUCAGCGAUCUAAAUCGCUGAAGAAACUAACCUUUGACCUCGCUAUCCCAUGGAAGGCCGGACUGGUGUUCCGCUCGGCCUUACCACCAUUAACGGAGCUCUCCAUACAAACUGGUCCCGAUUUUUCCUUCCCGCAUCUUGUCAAGUUAACGGUUGGACUAUGCACACCUGCGGGACUCACAUGGUUCCUCGAGCGCCAUCCAAGAAUCCAGGAAUUGACGAUGGAAGUCUCUACCAAUCUCAUUAGCUUCAAUUUCUUGCGUCAGGUAGCGACUAAUCCACCCCUCUUCUCAACAGAGGACACGUUUACAGGCAUAGAAUACUUGCAUAUACACGCACAGACGAUAGAGAUUGGCUUGGCUGAGUUUAAUCGUCUGAUGAGAAAUGACGUCCUCUUUGGGAGGCAUUACGGAUACUCGAAGCCCCUCACGCUUACAAUCAAGACCAAAACUGAUUUGGAGACGGCGAGUGGCUACGUCGCGGUUGCCAAUGUCGAGUUGGGAGGCGCUAUGUGUCAGAUAUCGUGGUCGUAA